AUGUCAUUUCGGGCGGUUUGGAAGUUAGCGGCAAAGAAAAGCACUCUGAAUGCCAAGCACGGUCUAGAGGCAACCAAGCCAAAACGUCUGCUCCUAGGAACAGACGAGAUAAGCUUCACGGCGAAGGAGCAGGAGAAAGUCCUUACUCCGCAUCACGACGCCCUGAUUAUAUCGCUCACUAUAGCGAACUGCCUGGUAAAAAGGAUACUGGUAGAUAGUGGAAGCUCCGGCAACAUCAUCUUCCAGGUCGCAUACAAGGACCUAGGGCUGGAGGAAGGCGCUCUAACCCAGAGGGUAACCCCCCUUAUAGGGUUCAGCGGGGAAGUCAAACAGACCACCAAGGAGAUAACCCUCCCCGUAUAUGCCGAAGGAAUCAACAUGUCAACCAAGUUCCUCGUGGUUGACUGCGACUCGUGUUACAACAUGAUUCUAGGACGUCCCUGGAUUCAUGGAAUGGGGGCCAUCCCCUCGAUUCUUCACCAGAUGAACAAACCUCCAACUCGUCACACUGAGGAACCGGAGGUAGAGGAAAUAAACGAGGUGCCAUUAAUCGAAGGGGAUCAGACUAGAUCUCAUGAUCGGUUCCAAGCUAACCGAAGGAUUGAGAAGAAGACUGAUAUGCAUGGGAUCGAUCCAGAGAUCAUCAUGCACAAGCUGCAGGUGGAUCCCCUACAUCAACCCGUCAAACAAAAGAGACGGAACUUCGCCCCCGAGAGAGGCGCAAUCAUCAACGAAGAAGUCGAGAGCCUGCUCGGCGCGAGGUUCAUUUGUGAGGUGCAGUACCCAGAAUGGCUAGCCAACGUCGUCGUGGUCAAGAAAUAG